AUGUCAAGCACAAUGGACAAGACCAAGGCGAAGGCCAAAGAGGUGGCUAUCGAGGACUUUAACAAGGCCAGAGCUUUGGCACAAUCUGCCGCGAAGUCUGGUGCAUACUUGUAUCCCAUCAAGGGCAUUUUCUACUUCUUGAGCCACCGAUCGCUGUGGAAGCCUCUCCUAUCCAAGCUUGCACCAACCCUAUCUCUUUCUGUGGUUGUGGUUGUGGCCAUGUUCUUGGUAGCAUACCUGCCGCAACUUGCCGUGCUCGUGUUCGUCAACGGCCCAUUAGCUGCCUUCACAACGAUCUUGCUCACCCUCAGCGAAUCGUCCACCUUGAUCAACCUCCUCUCGCGAACUUUCUUGUUACAAGAUGCAUUGGUGGAUACAUUCGAUGGAGUCUUGGUUUCUCGCAGACAGACUGGGGUCCUUUCCGAAGGUCGUCAAUUGAAAUCAGGAAACUUCAAUGACCCUAUGGAGAAGCUCGGCAAGCUCAUCAAGUCGCCAUUUGAGAGGUUCACGCCAAAGGCAUUCAUCCGCUAUGUCAUGUACCUGCCUCUCAACUUCAUUCCAGUUGUGGGUACCGUCAUCUUUGUUGCGCUUCAAGGUCGUGCCAGAGGGAACUCCGUCCACACUCGUUAUUUCCAGCUCAAAAAGUGGUCGAACCCGCAAAAGGAGGCCUGGUGGAAGGAGAACACAGCCCCAUACACUGCAUUUGGAACUGUUGCUACCCUGCUUGAACUUAUUCCGUUCGCAAGCAUCUUCUUCACAUUCACUAACACUGUCGGUGCCGCAUUGUGGGCUGCAGAUAUCGAGGGUAACAACACCGCAAUGACCGAGAUGACCUCGCCAAAAUCUCGUGAUGGAACCAAGAAGGUAGCGUAG